AUGGUGCAGCGGUUCAUGACGAUCGUGGCGUACGACGGGCGGUCGUCGCCGAUGGAUUCGGUGUUGCGGUUGCGGGCGUACGGCAAGGCGAUCCGGGCCAACACCAACGCAGACGGGGUGGUGGUGGAUUGGCACGGGGACGAGUUGUUGAUGGGGCACGUGCAGUUCAGCAUGGCGUCGUUGCGGGCGAUGAUCCACGGGUUGUUGCACACGGCGCGGGCACAGUUACGCAAGGCCGUAUUGUUGUUGGACGUGGACGAGGAGGGCGAGCCGGCGGCGGGGGCGACGACAGGGGCGACAGGGGCGACAGGGACGACAGCAGGGGCGACGGCAUGGCCGGUGAUCCGAUGGGACAGGUUGGUGGACAACGCGGCCGAGACGAGGGCGGGGUGGAGUUUCGCCGAGGACCCGCGGAACGAGGAGGCGUUCGGCGGCGUGGACGAGAAGACGUGGUUGGCCGGGCGGGUGGCGGGCGAGGCGCGGUUGCGGGGCGAGUUUUUCAAGGCGAGCGACGGGGUGGCGCGGUGGCAGAUGGGCCGCGUACGAGAGUAUAGCGAGGCGAUCAAGUCGUUCCGGGCGCAGUUGUUGGUGUUGAUGCACGUGAGCGGCGGGCAGCCGGCACGUGGGACCGAGUUGGUGUCGGUGCAGUACAAGAACGGGCCGGACGGGGACGUGCGCGGGUUGUUCGUCGAGGACGGG